UUGUUUCUGGUGGAAUAUAAUUUUGCGUUUUCUCAAAAAAUUGCAUAUAUUUUAGCUACUAUUUUAAAGUAGUUUUUAUAAGAUAAGAUAAAAACAAAUAGUGAUUAUUGGUGACUAGUUUAGUAGUAAGUCGAUGACAAACAAUCAAAAAAAUUGAACUAUAGCUAACUUCACUCAAGUUAACUGUCAAUGUCAAUAUUUAUUAUUAUUUAUCGAUUAACGAAUUGGGGUGUUUUUUUUAUCAGAAAACCAGAGCAAUCUCAAUUAAAAACGUGACAAAUGGCACAAAUAGGCGAGCCUCUAACAUUAUCUCGAGAUAUAAAAAGAUCCAUCGAACUUCUGGAAAAGCUCCAAAAAAGCGGCGAAGUCCCUGCCACGAAACUCGCCGCACUCCAGAAAGUCUUGCAAAGCGACUUUCUAAACGCCGUACGUGAAGUCUACGAACAUGUCUACGAAACCGUUGAUAUACAAGGAUCGCAGGACGUCAGAGCCUCCGCCACGGCCAAAGCCACAGUAGCUGCAUUCGCAGCGAGCGAAGGCCACGCUCACCCUAGAGUCGUCGAGCUGCCCAAGACCGACGAAGGAUUGGGAUUCAACGUUAUGGGCGGUAAGGAACAGAACUCCCCGAUUUACAUUUCGAGGAUCAUACCCGGAGGGGUAGCCGAUAGACACGGAGGGCUGAAAAGGGGAGACCAGCUUUUAAGCGUGAAUGGAGUGUCUGUAGAUGGUGAGAAUCAUGAAAAGGCUGUGGAACUUCUGAAACAAGCCCACGGAUCUGUGAAGUUAGUGGUAAGGUACACGCCUAAAGUGUUGGAGGAAAUGGAAUUGAGAUUUGAUAAACAGAGGGCUAGAAGAAGGCAACAAUAUAAUUAAAAUUAGUUGUAUUUUGUAUUUAAUCGAUAAUGUUAUUUAGUAUAUUUUAAUUACUAACUAAGGAUUAUUAAGAUGCACUCGACGGAUUUGCUAAUGUAGCAAUCCGGCUGUUAAUUCGACAUUUAAUUUUAUUUAGAUGAAACUGAUUAUUUUGGUUUCUAUUUUAUUUUUAUAAAGAAAUAAGAACAAUGUUUUAUAUUAGUUAAUCUUGCAAAUGAAUACAUAAUAUGUGCAAUUUUUUAUUGAAUAGACUAUCAGUAUUACACUGUAACAUUUUUAUAAUACGUGCCGUUUAUGAAAUUAUAUUUAUUGUUUUUAAUGGAGUAUAUUGGAUUCUGCAUUUAAUGUUAUUUAUUAACGAUAUAGGUAUACUAUUGGAUCGGUAAUAAUUAUAUUAGUGAAUAAAUUUUAUGAAAAUUGACAA